UUCCCAGAUCCUCGCAGCGCCUUCCUUCCUCCUUCCCCUAAUCCACAUCUUCCUUCUCCCAGCAUCUCCCUUCCACCAUCCCCUCACCGAAGGCAAGCACAGCCCCGUCGAGUCUACGACGCCUAGGCCGACAUCGAACCCUUUGCGGGUACCACGCUGGGCCGCCGAGGGGUCUCCAUCCACCGGUCGACGGGGAGCAGCACCAUGGAGGACGCACGGCCGAACGGUGCGACGGCCUUCACUUCCCGAGCAUUGGCAGACGGGGUCUACGGCGCCAACGGGAUGUCUUCCCGUUCAGAGCGACCGGUGCCCAUGUCGCUGCAAGGCGCUUGCCGCCUCGAUGACUGGCUCGUCCAUAUAAGCAGCGAGGCCCCUAGUAUAGGAAGGCAUGGAAGGUGCUGCUCCGAUGAGGAGAAACUGCUGCUACAGGACGUUCUCCUCCUCUCCUACCCCCACACGUGGCAUUGGUGCCCCAUCAUCGAGUGCACGGAUGCAACAACAGCAACAAGAUCAUGGCCAUGCGUAUCAUCAAUCACACCAUGGAGAUCAUCCAUCUCCUCACCGAUGCUAACUCAAUCCAGAUCACCGCCGAUGUUAUCAUCCACAUUGCAUGAAGUGCAGUUUGCAUUAGGCUGCUCCUGCUUGACGGCAGCCUGGUCCAGCGUCACUUAACCGUUGUGACCUAGCUGGUUUGGUUUAGCUUCGAGCUGCGCACCGCGGAGUGGGAGGCAGACACGCUCAUGAACAUCAAGGCCGGAUCAAGUACGAUGGUGAAACUAUAGAUUGAGUCACAACUUAAAUCAAUAGUGGAUGCUUUUAGUACAUGUACUCGUGCUUAUGCUUUAGACAUUUACACUUGUAAAACUGUUCUGAUCCCUGAGUUACAUGCUUGUUGACACAGUAUUAUCUCAAGUUAGUUUGGCGAUAGUUAUUUUUAACAAUGGGGCUAGAAUAAUUGUAUGGCGUAUGUUAUGUUGGGCUCAUUAACUAGAACUAUUUUUUUU